CUUUCCACUCGGGUUCAACACUAUUCCUGAACCCACCAGAAAUAUAAUAAAAAAUACUUAUGAACUCCGAGGGGGGUUCAUUGGUGGACUUGCUCUAAGAUUCCAUCUUUCUCUUUUACUCAUAACCUGAAAUUUUCCAACACCACAUACGAUUCCAUCUUUCUCUUUUAUAAAAGCUCUGCAGAAAUUAUAUUUACUACAUUCUUGUUCUUUUUUCAAGACAGACUUCAUUUUUAUUCAAAACAAAUUAUAAAAAAAACAAAAUUUUAAUUUUCUCAAAAAGAGGAUGCAGGAUCUGACGUCAGCAGCAGCGUAUUACCACCACCAAUCGAUGCUAAUGAUGACGGCGAAGCAGCAGCAGCAAACGGAGUUACUGGACCAAGAGCAGCUCAAGUGCCCUCGCUGCGACUCACCCAACACCAAGUUCUGUUACUACAACAACUACAACCUGUCACAGCCACGUCACUUUUGCAAAAACUGUCGCCGUUACUGGACCAAAGGUGGUUCCCUCCGCAACAUCCCCGUCGGCGGCGGAUCUCGUAAGCACACUAAACGAUCCUCUUCUUCUUCUCCGUCGAGCAGCAACCUCAAAGAAAAAACAGUCGCUGUUUCCGACCAGAAACAGGAGGAAUCCCGACCGAAAGUAGUGGAAGAAGAGAAAAGAAUGACGGGUAAGGAAAAGGAUCCGACCCGGACGCUAUACGGUUUACCGGUUGGAGAUCCGAGAUUCAGUUCGCUAUUGGCUUCGGGUAUCGGGAUGGGAGGGAUUAGUUACGAAACCGGGUCGAAUUGGUAUCCGGGUAUGGACCUGGGUUUGGGUUCGGGUAGUCGGAGGAAUGAUGACGCGUGGACUGAACUAGCUAUGAAGAAUAGAGUGGAGAAGAAUUGAAGAAAUAUGCCAAGGGCAAUUAGAAAUUCACGUAAUAACAACUGAUGUCGGUCCAUAUAGUGAUAUAAUCAUUUAUUUCACUUUUUAGUCAUUUAUUUAUCAUUUCACGAUUGACUCUAGU